AUGGCUGAGGUGGAUGAAGCACAGAAGAAGAAAAGGGCAUUUAAGAAGUUUACCUUCCGUGGAGUUGAUUUAGAUCAACUCCUAGACAUGCCAAUUGAACUUUUGAUGGAACUUAUGCAUGCCCGUGCUAGAAGGAGGUUUUCGAGAGGUUUGAAAAGGAAACCAAUGGCUCUUGUUAAGAAAUUAAGAAAGGUUAAAAAGAAAGCACCUCCAAAUGAAAAACCAGAAGUAGUUAAAACUCAUUUAAGAAAUAUGAUAAUAGUGCCAGAAAUGGUUGGCAGUAUUGUUGGAGUUUAUAAUGGCAAAACCUUUAAUCAAGUUGAAAUUAAGCCCGAUAUGAUUGGACAUUAUUUGGGAGAGUUCAGUGUGACGUAUAAACCUGUAAAACACGGAAGACCCGGUAUUGGUGCCACACACAGUUCUCGUUUCAUACCACUUAAAUAA